UUCAACACAAGAAGAUGUCCAGCGUACCGGUACAGAGAAGUCGCCAGCGGCGCCGGCUCUGUCCGGGCCGCAGUCUCCAAAGGCUGCGAUGCCGACGAUCCAGAGCGUCACCUCGGCUGUGAUCGCAGCCAGGCGCGUCGGCGACGGCUACGCUCGCUUCGACUCCCGCCAGGCGUCGGCCGAGACGCCCGGCGGCGGCGGCGCUCUGCGAAAGCUGAGACGGGUGCGCUCCUCCGACCGCAUCAUGAAGACCUCCGGCCGGUUGGUUCGCACGUCGUCGCCCAAGGUCACCGCCUCGCCCUACUCGCGCGCCUUCGUGUCCCGCACGCCGGCGACGCCCUGGCCUCCGCCGGACGAGGGGUGUGAGGCGUCGGAGAGCGGCGCGGCGGGGAGCCACGUCGCGGACGAGGCCGCCCUGAGCAUGGGGGAGGAGUGGCCGCCUUCGAAGCCUUCUGGCGCGGCCUGCGGCGGGCUGCGCGGCGUGCUGGGGCUGCGCGCAGGGACGAGCGUGUGGGGCCUCGAGCCGUGGGACCUGCGCAGAUGGUGCCUCUCGCACGGCUGGGCCGGUGCCACGUGCGCCACGUGCGGCUCGUGGCCGUUCCUCUCCUCCCGCUUGUCCUGGCUGGAGCUGUGGUGGACACCGCCAAAGGUGCUCAGCCAGUGGGGCGAGAGGCAGCACCACGUGCACGCUGACUGGAGCGGCCUCUUCUUCGACCUCGUCUUUACGCUGCUCUGGUCCGCCGCCAUCUUCGUCUCGAUGCUGCGCAUCUGGUCCACCGAGGUGGCCUACCGCGGCCGGCUGGCGGUGUGGGUCGGCCGGUGGCUCGAGGUGGCUCUCCUAGCGCCUGCGGCGGAGAUACUGGUCGACGAGUGCGGCGGUAUCGUCGUGUGGCUGGUCGGGCUGCAGCUGCUGUCCCCAGGGCUGCUGCUGCUGCUGCUCCUGCUCGGCGGCUUCUGGGCCGACGUGCGCCAGAUGUGCCGCGAGACCGCACACCGGGCUCGCGACCGCUACACCAACCACCAACCAACCAGCCAGCAGGUGGCGUCGACGGGGGAGCGGUUCACUGUGGAUGACCUCGAGGCCAUCUUUUCGGACAUCGACAAGAAUCCGUCAGACAACCGCCUCGUCGAGUCCGAGCUAGAGGAGGCCGUGCCGUACCUCACCCGCCUGGGAGCUGAACCCCGCUUGAGGGGCUUCCGCUCGCCGGCCCUGGCCGACGUGUUUGCCUUCGACGUGGACCAGAGCGGCACGCUUGAGUUCGAGGAGUUCGUGCCUUGGGCGGUGGAGCAGGACCCGGUCAGCCACCUCGCCCACCCCGUCCUCGCCGGCUACCUCAUCGCCGCGUGCCUCAUGUUCUCGCACCACGUGGUCGAGCCGGACGUGUCGGACCACGUCUUCUCCUCCGUGCUCACCAAGCAGCACCGCCGCUGGCUCGUCGGCAAGCAGACCAUCUACCAGGUGCUCUACGCGCUCAAGGCGGUCGCGGUGUGCCACGUCGGUAUCGCCGUCAAGCUCAACCUGCUCGACGAGAUAGACGGAGAUCCCGACGCCGCGGGCCCAGACACGGCGCACCCUGUCGUCCAGCGCGAGUUUGGGCGGCGGCUUCUCCUCGGCGUCUCGAUCACGGCGACCUUCGCGCUGCAGAUGCUCAUGCAGCCGCUGCACACCUCGUACCUCAAAAACUACUCGCUGCCCGCCCUCCGGCUGCAGCCUCGCCGCGCCGCCCUCGUACUCGGCCGGCUGGUUCUGCUCUGCGCCACGCCCGCCGUCGCGCUGAGGGAGCACGUGCCGCAGGCGCGCAUCGCACAGGUGGCGGCGAUCGUGUCGCUGCAGACCGUGUGCAUGUACGUGCAGGAGACCAUGCCCCUCCCUGCCAAGGGCGAGAUGCAGCAGCAUUCGCGCGGGGAGAGCCCCUCGCUGACGAGGCGAGAAGUCGCGCCGGCACUGGCAGCAGCCGAGCAGGCGGCCAAGGGUUCCGUAGCAACCGAUCAACCGUAGCGACUAGCGUGUGCUCCGUGCAGUGUAUAGGCUAUAGCCGAAACCUGGGGCGGGCAUGUACGGCCUUGAAAACGCGUUGCUUUGUUGUGUGUAUGGAUUUCCCGAGGAA